AUGAAUUUGGAAGCUUUCUGUCAGUCCUUACCAAAAUUGGAACUUCAUGCUCAUUUGAAUGGAUCACUAAGUACAAAUACUUUAAAAAAGUUAUAUAAGAUGCAGAAUCCUAACUCAGAGGAUUGUGAAAACAUAGCUAUGAAUAUUGAUUGUUUUUCAUCACUAGGCGAGUGUUUUAAAGUAUUUGAUAUAGCACAUUCGUUAACAGUAACACCAGAUGCUGUUUUCCAGUCUACUUAUGAAACAAUUAAAGAAUUCAAAGAUGAAAAUGUGAUCUAUUUAGAACUCAGAAGUACACCUCGUGCUGUUGAUGGAAAAAUGACAAAACAAGAAUAUGUAGAGUCUAUUAUAAGAGCAUUUCAGAGUUGCGAGGCAGAUUUUCCAAGCAUACUUGUGAAGUUACUGAUAUCUAUUAAUCGUAAACAAGGAUAUAUAGCUGCAAAGGAAAAUGUACAGUUGGCAAUAGAAUAUUUCAAGAAAUAUUCCCACUACAUUGUAGGACUUGAUCUUAGUGGAGAUCCAAUGGCAGGUGAACCAUUUUUAAAAUUAAUAGAAAAAGCUAAAAUGGCUGGUCUAAAAAUUUCAGCUCAUUGUGCAGAGAUUUCAAAUGAAACAGAAGCAACGGAUAUUCUUGAAUUUAAACCAAAUAGAUUAGGACAUUGUACUUGUAUUCAUCCUAACUUGCAAGGAUCAAAUCGUUUAUUUAACAUGCUUCUUGCCUCGAAAAUUCCUGUAGAAUUAUGUCUAACAUCGAAUGUUAAAUGUAAAACAGUACCAUCUUAUGCAUCUCAUCAGUUUAAAUAUUUGUAUGAAGCUGAACAUCCUAUUUGCCUUGCUACCGACGACAAAGGUGUUUUCCAUACAUCUUUAUCUCGAGAAUAUGAAAUAGCCGCUUCAACAUUUUCUCUAUCGCGCAAAGAUCUAGUGAAUCUCUCUAUGUCGUCCGUGCGGUACGCUUUCGCGACAUCGGAGGAGAAAAACGUGCUGUCAUCAAAAAUUGAAACAUUCAGUCGUGAAGUAUGUGAUACUAUAAAUUAAGGUUUAAUUAUUAUGUAUUUCAACAAAUAAAAGAGCUGGUAUUAAUAAAA